AUGGCACCGCAAGUUGACUCGACGGUCGAUAGCGAUUCAACACUGUCUACAACAAAUGAUACUUCAGGCGAGACAUCUUCGAGCGAUGAGAUCUUUGACGAUAUAACCACAACCGAGAAGAGGAGCAUUGAAAGAUUGCGAAGACCCGAAGCAUUCCAUCGAUGGCGACCCCAAUACCAUCUUAUGGCACCACACGGUUGGAUGAAUGACCCCUGUGCUCCAGGAUACAACGCUAAGACGGAAAAAUACCAUAUGAACUUGCAGUGGAAUCCUUGGGGCAACUCAUGGGGAAACCUUUCGUGGGGUCACGCAGAAUCCUCAGAUCUUGUUCACUGGAGAGUGUCUCCGGACCCCUCGAUUACACCAACAGCAACACUGGACUCAUGUGGUAUUUUUACGGGCUGUACACUACCAGCCAAGGACCCUCAGUCGAGAGCUGAGAGCAGAAAAUUGACUGCAUUCUAUACGUCUGCACGAAAACUUCCUAUCAGCUAUCGGCUUCCCUAUUCUCGUGGAAGUGAGCGGCUUGCUGUCGCUACAUCUUCAGACAACGGCCAGACCUGGGAGCGAAUCCCCAUGAACAUAAUUCUAGCAGAACCACCGCCCAAUAUUGACAUAACUAGCUGGCGAGACCCAUUCGUCGACAGAUGGGAAGCACUUGAUAAUCUUAUGUGUCAUGGCACACGGUGGCUUUAUGGAACAUUGUCAGGCGGAGUACGGAAUAGGACACCAACUAUCUUCUUAUACCGGAUAGACCCAGAGAACACAACCGAAUGGAAAUUCUUGAGCUCUCUGGUCGAGCUUUCAACCAACUUCAAUCCUUCGCGAUGGUCUGGUGACUUUGGACUCAACUGGGAGGUAUCCAACUUCCUCACUUUACGAGGAGAAGAUGAUACGGCGCAUGAGGUGUUGAUCACUAGUGCCGAAGGAACAAUAGAAGACUCCGCAGGGGGAGCACUCAGCAAAGACCACCGACAGAUGUGGAUGUGUGGAAAACUACGAAAAACUGAGAAAGGACAGCCGCAAUUAGAAUAUCGGUAUGGUGGCACUUUGGACUUCGGAUCUUUUUAUGCUGCCAACGGCUUCUGGGAUUAUCGGAGCAAGCAUUUUGUGACCACGGGUUGGAUUUUUGAGGAAGAUCUGCCUCAAUCUUUAGUCGAACAGCAAGGCUGGAGUGGUUGUUUGUCAAUCCCUCGUAACAUUGUGUUGAAGACAUGGUGUGGUGUGGUUGGAGCGUUGAAGUCCGACCUAUCUUCUUUGACCUGCUUUGAUGUCAAGCUGGAAGAGGACGGAACUCAUACCCUGCAUACUGUGAGCGCCCUACCAGACUCUCGUUUGAGAAUGUUGCGGAGCUCCAAGAUCUUAGACGGCCAAUCUGACAUCUGGAGGUACCCCUUUUACAACCCCUGUUCGAAGUGGGAGCUUCAAAUCGAGUUCGAUGUUGAAGAAGGUGUCCAUUAUCUGGGCUUUGAUAUCGUCCACUCUGUAGACGGUGCUCAGUAUACCCGGGUAUAUUUCGAACCUGGAUCGGAAACACUCUUUGUGGAUCGCUCCAAGUCGACAACCGUUAAAGGCAUCAAUGUCAAGACAAGGAGCGCACCACAUACAUUAUUCACAUUUCGGCAAGGUAUGACCACACGGCGCGAAACCUUGAAUCUCCAUGUGUAUUUCGACGCCAGUGUUCUUGAGGUAUUUGCGAAUGAACGGACGGCUCUCACGACCAGAGUCUACCCUGAUGUGCCAGCUAGAUUGGGAACGUGUCAAGGCGUUCGUCUAUUUGUUGAAGCUGAAAACGAAUGUGCAUCGGGACAACAGCAAGGAGUGGACUUCAAGUCCUGCAUGCGACAUUGCGAAUUGUGGGCAUUACAAAGUGCGAUAUCAUAUCCUUCUGGAUGA